UGUAUUUCUGUUUACAGAUGAGCAGGAUCACCAACAAAUUAUAUACAAAUAUCAACACAGCUGUGCCAUUUGAAAUUCACCUUAAGAAACCUAUCAAGAAACAAAAGUUCUCCAUUCAGGCUGUGCCAGUAUUUUCUAGUCCACAAUUUUUGCGCCAUAAUGUCAAUCGCUGCCCCAACCAUGCUGCACCAACAGACUCGACCAAUCAUGAUUUUCCAUACCCUGAGCAUGUAGUAAGGGCUGACCACCCUGAGGCUCGUUAUAUUAAGAGUGCCUCGGGACGCUUGUCCGUUGUAGUCCCAGUUGAUCCCUUGCAGGAUGGCUCCGACUACACUCCCAUUCUUCUGCGAUUUAUGUGUCUGGGGUCCUGUGUAGGAGGUAUUAACCGAAGACCCAUUGCCAUCAUUCUUACCCUUGAGAACAGCUCUGGAAAAGAAUGUGGAAGGAAGGUUAUCGAUGUAAGAGUGUGUGCUUGUCCUACUCGAGAUAUCAAAACUGACGAGCAAGCUAUAUUGUACAAAGGUGGUAAACGGAAAGCCUCAGUCAUGCAAGAAAAAGUACCACUUGUGACCAGGAAGAAACCUAGGGCAGUCGACCCCAAAACUGAGCCACAAGAAGAAGAUAAGAUGUUUUUGAUUCCUGUACGUGGCCAAAAACUGUACAACUUCCUCAUGGAUAUGAAGGCUGUAUACUACCGCAACCAUCCAGAAUAUGCUGCAAAAUACCCUGAUGACGAUAUUAACAGGUUGCUGGAGGCUUAGCUGGGAGCCCUGCCUCACUCCUCAUGUUUUACCAGACACUGUUGGCCAGCGAUGGCAACCCCAUGACGAAUUUGAAACUUUUUGCUUUUUCUUAUAUUAUCAAUUUAUAUUAAUGUAUUUGUAUAAAAU